CGGGGCCUGCAGGAGCAGGAAGAGAGGAUUGGAACGCGGGGAGGAGCUGCGCCUUUCGCGCGAGACCUCUACCUUUCCUGGGAAACCGAGUGAAUCACAGUUGCUAUGGAGAAGAUCAGAGAGCAGUUUUCCGGUCUCCGAAUAGCGAGACGGAGCACGCGAAUGGAAGACCCAACUUACUUGUUGGACAUCGAUGUUUCCAGAGGAGAAGGAAGCCAUUUAGUAGCUGCCUCCCACUCCAACAAAUCAAUUGGCGUUUACGAUAGAGAGACACUGAGUUUGCUGUGGGAGUAUAGUAGCCAUCCCGAAUUACUCAGUGGGGUCAGGUUUGCGCAUGAGCAUGCAUACAUGCUAUUUUCAGCCUGCAGCGAUGGAACGGUGAAAUGUUGGGAUACGCGUUCAGCUAGUUCUGAAGCCGCCCGGUUGUUUUGUGGCUAUCCUUCGAACACUUUCAUUAGCUUUGAUGUCAACUGCAACGAUCUCAUUGUUUGUGCCGGCACGGAGAAGGUGCAUGAAGACGUCUUCAUGGUCUUCUGGGAUGCGCGAGGUGGCACCAACAGUGUCCCUUUCAGCGAAAGCCCUUUGGGUGCGUAUUCAGAGUCUCACAGUGAUGACAUCACGAAAAUCUGUUUUCAACCCGGCCAGCCAAACCUGGUCAUUACGGGGUCAACGGACGGGCUGGUGAACGUCUUUGACCUUAACCAGGACAACGAAGACGACGCCUUGAUUUCAACCUGUAACUCGGGCUCGUCCGUCAGUUUUGUCGGAUGGUCUGGAGAAUAUUUUCAGCAGGUCUACUGUUUGACGCACGACGAGGGUUUUUCCUGGUGGGAUCUCGCUCAGCUGGAUACCGAGGAGCCAGUUACGCUGCUGAAAAUCCCAGACGCUAGGGAAGCGGCCAGCCUGGGGAAGACCGAGCUGAACUACUUGAUUGGCGGCUUGUAUCACGAGAAGUCAGACCACCUUUUCGUUCUUGGAGGAACGUCAACGGGAAGCCUCCAUCUCCUGGGCUGUGGCACUGACGGUCUGAGUCCGGUGGGAACCCUUCAAGGAGGGCACUCGGCUGUCGUCCGCUCUUUUUACUGGAACAUGGCGGACGAUUCGUUGUUGACCGGUGGAGAGGAUGCUCAGUUGUUGCUAUGGAAACACGGAGCUGUGGAGAAGGCCCCCGGGAAGAAGACUUCCAUGAAAAUGGCCUCCUCUGUUCACCAGCGAGUGAGAGCUCACCAGAACCGUUUCAAAAGGAAGAAGAAAUGAGUAUCUUUAAAGCUUCCAUGAAAAUGGCCUCCUCUGUUUACCAGCGAGUGAGAGCUCACCAGAACCGUUUCAAAAGGAAGAAGAAAUGAGUAUCUUUAAAGCUUCGGGGGAGGUCCCGUUGGGAUUCACUUUUUUAGGCGAUGCAACUUUUAAAGAAGGGCUGAGUCACUUGCCAGCGUGUUUGUCAGAUGUGGCUUCUAUGCACAUGCUAACACCCCAGGUCCUGAAAAUGUUUAUUCAGAGACAUCCCAUUGGUGGCGGCGGGACCUUCGCUUCCUUCCUUUUCAUGUGUUUUUUAGGACUGCAGCCUCAAGAAGGGAAAAUGUGCUGAAGGAUUCUUUUCAAGCCCUGUUUUCCUGUGGAAGGUCCUUGUGACAUGUUCGCUUUUUCUUCCAUGUUUCUACAGUCUCCAAGUUUUAAUUUUGGCAUUUGAGUUUCUGUGAGAAACGCAAAAUAUAAAUGAGAUUAAAAAAAAAUUAAAAAUAAGCCUUGUGCUUGG